GGUGGUGGUUGUCGAACGAACGUAACAUAUGGAGGUGUACGUGGUGAGGUGGUGACUAAAAUGAGGAGUGGACGAACUAAUCCUUCUUCAAACAAAGGCAGUGGUUCAUCUACAAACAAACAGCGUACCGCAAACCCACCAUCAACUUUUGAAGAUUACGUAGAUGAGGGUAGAGAUUACAUAGGCUCAUCUAGAAUUUCGAUGGAGAAUAUUGAAGAAGCAAGUAACAAUGUAGGUGUCAAGUCAAGUGAUCAAGUGGCCGACACUGAGAAUCAUUCAGAUCCAAAUCAAGAAGAGGACCCAAUUUUGGACAACAACUCCCAAAUGUUGGUUCUCCAGACUCCUCCAAAGCCGUUCAACAUGCAUACUCGGGAAGUUGACGACAGUGAUGAUUUCGUUGGGCAGGUCCCUCAAUGUGUUUCGUCUAGACCGACACAUGAUACAUCUGAUGGAGAAGACGAGGAUGACGACUUUGUCGAACCGGUACCUAUGUGUGUUUCAGUUGGUCAGACACAUGAAACUCCAGAUGGAGAAGACGAGGAUGACGACUUUGUCGAACCGGUACGUAUGUGUGUUUCCGGUGGUCAGACACAUGAAACCCUGGUAGAAGAAGACGAGGAUGACGACUUUAUCGAACCGGUACCUCAGUCUCGAAGCCGUGAGGAAGACGCAAGAAGACGUCGUGAAAAGGAUAAGGCUGAUGACGAAUCACUCAUGAAAUCCGUUAGGGCCGUUGAGCUAUAUGGAUUUGAGGAUGCAGAAGCUUCGUCUAACAACAAAGCAGUUAACGACUAUACCGUCGAUGAUAUUGACUUCACUCUAGUAGAUGCUGAUAUGUACACUGGGAAACUAUUCAGUAGCAAGCAAGAAUUCAAGAUCAGUUUGCACAUUUAUGCCUUAAAGCAGGUGUUCAGGUUCAAGUUCCACAAACAUGCGUUUAACUACGUCGCAGCGAAAUGCAUUGAUAAAAACUGCAAAUUUUAUGUUAUGGCUAAACAAUUGGGGGAAUCUUCGGCAAAUCAGGUGAGGAAGGCGCAACUGAAGCAUGUCUGCACAUCUGAUGCUAAAGCGCAAUAUAAGAAACAUGCGACGUCGAAAGUAAUAGCUGCACUAAUGAGAUCGAAGUAUGAAAGGCUCCAAGCUGGACCGCGCGCAUCUGAAUUACCCGAGAUGCUCCGGACUGAGUUCUUGUUUACGGCCACAUAUUGGAAAUGUUGGAAAGCAAAAGAGUUAGCCACUGUGGCUGCACAAGGAACAGAAGAGAGCUCUUACAAGCUCCUGCCGAAAUAUUUUUAUGUUGUAAAGUAUGCAAAUCCUGGGUCCAUUACUCAUAUCAAAACUGAAAAAGAUGAUAAGGGUCAGACAAGGUUUAAGUACGCGUUCAUGGCGCUGAAAGCUUGCAUUGACGGGUGGAAGCAUCUACGGAAGGUUAUUGUGGUGGAUGGUACUCAUAUGUUUGGGAAGUACAAAGGGUAUUUACUAACUGCAAGUGGGCAAGAUGCCAAUUAUCAGGUAUUCCCUAUAGCGUUUGCUGUUGUAGACAAUGAAACAAAUGAGUCUUGGAGUUGGUUUUUUGAGAAGCUGAAAGAGAUCGUAGAAGAUGGCUCCGAUUUAUCUAUCGUGUCUGAUAGAGCAAAUCAAAUAUGUGUUGCUAAAGAUAAGUGAUAUCCUCUUUCACACCAUGGGUGCUGCCUCGUACACCUACAGAGAAACGUCGAUGCAAAAUUCAAGAAAAGGAAUCAGAAGCAAAUGGUUGGCAGGACAGCCGAGGUAUUCAAGGUAUCCCACUUUAAGAGACUUUACGCGGAGAUCAAACUUACAGAUAAGCGCUGUUGGGAUUAUCUUGAGAAGAUCGAUCCUAGGCAUUGGACAAGGUCACACUUUGAGGGCGAGCGGUACAAUCUAAUGAGCUCGAAUAUAGCUGAGUCUCUCAACAAAGCACUAGUUCCUGCGCGCGAUUCCCCGAUAAUGGCGCUAUUUGAGUUCAUCAGACGCAUGAUUAGUCGUUGGUUUGUGAGUAGACAGCGAAAGAUAUCGAAAAUGAGGGGUGAGAUCCCCCCGGCUGUUGACGAGUUGAUGGAGAACAAUCUAGAAGACGCAAGAGCGUACGCUGUGAUGCCUCUGUCUGCUUUUGAAUUUGAGGUAACUCUAAAAACAACCGGCUUCGGGAGUUCUGUUAAUUUGGAAACCAGGUCUUACACAUGUCUUGAAUUCCAGAAAGUUGGAAUACCAUGUCGACAUGCCAUUGCUGCGGCUAUGUUUUGGGACUUGCAGCACUCAGAGUUCGUUGCAGACGCCUAUCUAAAAAAGACAUGGAAUGAAACAACAAAGGGUGUUACACUCCCGGUUCCAGAUCCGCAAGAUCUUUUCAUACCUUCGGAGGUUAGUGACCUUAUCAUGUUACCACCAAAGACGAAGAGACCACCAGGACGUCCACCGACCAAGCGUAAACGUUCUGCAGGAGAAAUACCGGUCACAACAAAAAGUCUUGUAAAGAACCGCUACAAUGAUGGGUUAUGGAUGGAGGAGAUUUUAUGUAUUGUUGACAAGGGAGUUCUUGUUUUUUGGAAAUUUAAGUGUUUAGGUGUUUCCUAAUAACACAUGUAUAAUGCUAUUUUGCGAACUGAUGAGAUAUGGAUUGCGCAGUGCCUCUUCUUGAAUUUAUUAGAUAUGUAUGGUUUUAUUGUCAUCUCUUAAUAUGGUGUUCAUGUUUAUGAUUUGAUGUAACUUGUUUAUAACUUGAGAUGUACGAUAUCUGUGUAGCCAAUGUAGCCGUUAGAAAGACAUUUAAAUACAAUGUAGCCGUUGUAUUGUGGUCCAAUAAUAUUAUAUCCGUUACAAUCUCAAUCUAUUUAAGUAUGAGUGCUUGUGUCGUCUAUAUUUCAGAUUUUUUGUGAUUCUCUCUUUACUCUCAUUUUUAUACUAAAGAUGGGACUUGAUUAUAGCUAUAGCCAGCCUUCGGAAUCAGAGGACUAUGGUGGGAAUGACUCCAGCGACACAGAAGACCGUGAGGUUGAAUAUCUUAUUCGUCGGGACCAAGCUGAGCUAACUUACAAUUCUGCUGCGACGGUUCAGUACCCUCCGCAACCCGAGGUCGAAUUUGGAUUCCCGCAGACAUGCUACUGUGGUGGUCGGCCUAAGCAAGCAACAUCUCGCACUGUAAAUGAUCCAGGUAGAAGAUACUACACGUGUGAUAAUGUUAAUGAUGGAGACUGUCAUGUUCAUAAAUGGUGGGAUGAGGCGGUUAUGGAGGAGAUGAGAGCCAGGGAUACGCACACACUUCAAUUGUCUGAAAAGGUAGAUAAUCUAACCUUUUUGAAUGACUAUGACCCACAACUUAACAAGUUUAAGGAACUCCAGAAUGAGACUGAGCAGAAGCUGGUUAGGCUAGAGAAGGUAGUGUCUGAGUUAGCUGAAAAGAGAACAAGGUUAACCAAUGGCUUCGAAUACUUUGUUGGUGGAAUGGUUAUUAUAUUAGUUUUACUUGGGUUGGUGAUCAUAUUCAAAUAACUAUUUAUUUUGUAAUGUAAUAAAUCGGAUGAGUAAUGAACUCUUGAUGUUGUUUUUUGUAAUGUGUCAUUUUUUUAUGAUUCUACUAAAAUUCUAUGAACCAAUAAACACGUUUGAAAUAAAAAAUGGUGAAUAUAUCCCUCUCAAUAUUACCGUUAGAAAUGCUUUUGAAGCAAAAUAUAGCCGUUACAAUCUUGCACUAUAUAAGUAUAAUUCAGAACACCCAACAAUCUCUCUUCACAACACUCAACAAUCUCUCUUCACCACACUCACCAGUACCACAAAAUGACGGAUCCUUACUAUAAAGAGAUAAAGCACCACAAAAGGAAGUUUGACUGGGUGAGCAAUUGUGUCUAUGCCAAUUACAAAAUUCCAACGAAGUGUGUCUGCGGUGGAGCUAUCACCGUGGAAGCUGAUGACAGAGGAAGAAACUAUUACGUAUGCAAAGAUUUUAAGGUAAUAUUGGAGUUCACAGUACUUAAAUUUGCCUCCAUUGUUAACAGAAAUGGUUUUUAGCUAACAAAUCUAAUAUAUUUUCUUGUAGAACGAUGGUUUGCACAUCCGUCAUGACUGCCUUACCGCCCUCGAGGAAGAGCUGGAUUGCUUGAGAAGUCAGUAUGCUGUGGAGGUGUCGCUCCGCCGUGAGCUGCAAUUUGAACUUGCGCAAAUGCGUGAGGAGAUCAAAGAGCUUAAGCAAUUAAUUAUGGUGGAUUGCUGAUCUUAGCAUUUCUCGGAUCUAUUAUGUAAUUUUCGCUGAUCUUAGCAUUUCUCGGAUCUAUUAUCAUUUCAAAGGUUAAUUUGUACUCUUCUAUCAAAUUUUAACUGUUUAUCUCAUAAUGGGCCUAUCCAUAUCCAAUUAAAAAGCAAACCCAUUUGAAUUAAUUUAGUUUCAUAAUGUGUACAAAAGUCAUCAUUAUACACCCUCGGUUAAGGUGUACGAAGUCAUCAUUAUACCCCCUCGGUUACGUAAGCUUCAUAAUGUAGUUUGAAAUUAGGCCUACCUUCUGACACGGAGAAGACAUCUUCUUUAUACAUAUUUGUACUAAUUUAUGUAUGAACUUAAGGUAUUCUCAUCUCUCUCUUCGUUGGUGUACGAACACGCGUACACUUAUGGUUUUAACACGAAAAUAAAUUUAAGUGAACUCUGUCUGCGACAAUAAAGUUUCCUACUUUAAUUCGCAUGGUUUAAACCGAGGAGUAGUAAUGGAACGCCGCGUCUGUUACCAAAAAAUUAAUUAAUUAUUUUCGUAUUAUAUAUACUAAGUUGUCAUUUAAUAUCUUUUUCAUCUUUCUAAAUAUAUUCUCUGCAAACCUCUUUCUCUGCAAACCUCUUUCAUUCCAAAAAUGGUUUAUGAUAUUAGCCAAGGCAAAAUGACCGUCGCAAAAUACAAACGAUUCUUUUACAGUUUGCCUAUAGUCGGCGAACGCACCGAGCAGCAGUUGAUCGAGUUGGCCAAGGCCGGAUUGAAGGAAGAGAUCCGCGAGGGUCUGGAAACUGAUGAGUUCGCCACACUCGAGGCCCUGUUCGAGGAGGCGGAGGAAGUCGAGGAGGGGUUAAAGGAAACACCUCCAUCCACCCCUCGCUAACGCCGCCGCAGAAGCCCCAACCCCCGCAGUAGCAAACAUGCUCGCAAGGCGGAGGAAAAAGGUGACCCGGAGGAUGACGGUUACGGAUAUGACGGCGAAGGAGCGUCGGGGUUUAAGGACGAUGAAGAAGGUGAAUACUGGGACUGGAUGCAGAUGGAGACGGACGUGGAUGACGACGCGUCCGACAGGACCGACGACACAUUGGGUUCUGGGCAGUUCAGGAUGGACAACUACCCAGCCAGCUCCGGCACCGACUCCAGCACCUCCGACUCCGACUAGGAACCUCCUCCUCUUUUAAUAUUAUUAAAUAUUUUGAAUUUUAGUGUUUUUUGUAAUUAUUUUAAACUCUUUUUUUUUUCGAACUCUUUAUUAUAUUAUAAUAUAGUUUAUGAUUUCUGUUUAUUAUUGCUGUCUUUUAUUGCAUGUUUAAUAUUGGUAAAAUUAGGAUACGAAUACUUAAGGUCUACGAAUACUGAAGGUAUACGAAUACGGACAGUAUUUGUAUACCGACGGUAUACUAAUACUGACGGUACACUUAAGGUAUUCGAAUACUUAAGGUCUACGAAUACUGAAGGUAUUCGAAUACUGACGGUAUACGAAUACUUAAGGUUUACGAAUACUUUAGGUCUACGAAUAAUUCCAUUAAUGGGCUUAAUGACCAUGGGUUAACCAAGAACUGAAACCUAUUAAGUCCAUAUUUGACCCAAAAUUUAAAGUUGUGAAAUUGGACUGAAACCUAUUAAGUCCAAAUUAGAUGGGCUAAAACCAUUUGGACAUGGAAUGGUUUAUGGUUCUAUUUUGGGUUUGGACAAUUUGGACUACGUACAAUUUGGACAUAUCCAUUGGACAUGGACAGCCCAAUUGAUUAUACGGUAUACGAAUACUUAAGGUAUACGAGAGAAAACAUAUAACAUUGACGAAUACUUUAGGUCUACGAGAUUAAACAUAUAACAUUAACGAAUACUUAAGGUAUACGAAUACUUAAGGUCUACGAAUACUUAAGCUAUACGAUAGAAAACAGAUAACAUCGAGGAUAACAUAAAUAAAGUCCUAGAGGAUGUUUGCAAUGUUGACGCAAAUACAAAAUAGCCUGCAGUUUUUGCAAUCACCUUCUAAGUUGUCUGCGUAAUCAUGGCCAUACACGCACCUGGGUGUCUUGAUAACGCCAUCAUCCGGAAACUUGAAAGAUUCCCCAUAUUUGUUGCAGUUCAGGUCUUCCGCUCCAAAGGCUUUCAAUUGGUUCUCUAUGGAUUCUCCCAUUUCACAAGUAUCAUCCGAUCAAAGGUCAUGGUGAUAUGCUGCGAACAGCUGAAACACUUUGCUCGCUUCCUUGUCGUUGCCAAGACAAACAUUGAAUAUGGCGACAGCUAGGGUUGAGAUUCCAUGCAUUGGGACAUUUGGUUCCAAUAUUUUAAUACUCUCCUCAAGUCCUAUGCUCGGUGCUGUAAGGAGACCUUCGAAGUAGAUUGCAUUUCUGUUGCCAGCACUGACACAUUUGAGAUGAAACUCCCGGAACUGACAACCUUGGCGUAUUUGACAUGUGACGAACCCGUCCUCCAUUUCACUAACAUCACACUUCUUCAAGACUGAGGGCUCGUGUGCGAGGGCGUAACCGCGUUUUCCAGCCCGCAGAAAAGGGCCAAGAUUGUAAAAAUGAUUCCUCUCCGACAAGCUCAAUGAUUUUGCACACAAUUUCCUGGAGAAGAUUUGGGAGUACGUGAGCUUCCAUACUAUUGGGGUCACUUGUUGGAGUUUUUUUGUGGUCUGUUUUAUGGUUGGUAUGAGAGGGAUUAUAGAAAUUUAAUAAACAGGUUUGUAGAGAAAACGUGUGAGGUUAAUACGAGAAUUUAUUGUCCCACCUACAUUUGAAACCUAACACUGUCAAAUCAUGUUUUAAAGGGUCAAUAAAAAAACUAACACUUAUACGGGCGUGACCAUCGUAAAUAGACAACCCUUCGCUUGCUAUAAUUGCUGAAUUUUGGACAUCAUUUGCACAACGCUGAAAACACAAUCUGGCUAUAAUGGCAGAGAUGACUUUUCUAGAUCUUCCUGCAGAAAUCCAACAAUUGAUUGUCUCCUGCGUCGCAAAAAAUUCCUUUCAAGAUCUGUAUAGACUCAGAUCUACUUGUAAGUCAAUGCGUGCGCUGGUAGACACGCCUGACGUCUAUUCUUUGUUUGAUCUGUACAAACACCCUUGGUGGACAGGCUUGCGUAAUACGUUGUUGAGAAGAUGCUACGAUGUCGGAAACCCAAGUACUCUUUACAUCAAGGGUGUUGAGUAUUUCUACGCCCUACAACGCCACGAAGAAGGUCUUGCUUUGAUGAAGAGAGCAGCGGAUGCUGGAUACGAACGAGCGUUGUAUACCUAUGCAAUGACUCGCAAACUCUACUGGGAUAAUGAGGACUACUUCGCUAGUUAUACGAGAGAAGCAGUUGGUACAAUUGGAUGGCUUGUUAGAAUGGAUGAUGUUCCGUGGGUGCCGGUCGUUAACGAGUGGUUCUUAACAAAGAAGUUCAUGUUCAUGUCAACAGAUCGACCUUUGUUUUAUAAUUGCCCCUGUUCACCUACGUUGGAUUUCGAUUGGGAUCUGUGGCACAUGGAGUUAAGCAAGGCUGAAGACAUGUGUAACCGAUGCUUCUGGAUAAAAGAGGUUGGUCUUUUCCUCCGGGAUUUUCGUUGCGCCACGAGUUUUUCGCCCUUCGACAGUUGGCAGUAAUUAUUAUUUGUUGUAAUGCAUUUACCACAUUAAGCAUUGUUCUAAUUCCGUUGUCGAGUAUAACAUUAGCUGUUAUUUUGGAAAGUGACGUAUACCAUCAAAGCUAGGAGACACACUCCAACAUCGGUUUAUCGUUUCUUUACUCAUACAGUUAUCAUGAAAAGAUAAGACUCGGUGUACAAAUACUGACGGUAUUCGAAAAAUGACGGUAUUCAAAUACUGACGGUACUCGAAUACUGACAGUAUACGAAUACUGACGGUAUACGAAUACUUAAUGUAUACGAAUACUUACGGUAUACGAGAGCCCAAAAUUUAAAGUUGUCCAAUUGGACUGAAACCUAUUAAGUCCAAAUUAGAUGGGCUAAUGUCAAUUUGGACUUAAGAAAAAUAAUGCCCAAUAAAAUGCUUUGUCCAUUUGGACAUACCCAUUGGACAUGGACAGCUCAAUUGACAUCUCUAUUCAUAAUUUCAUUAGUAUUUAUCUUUACUCACUUUUGAUUGAUUAAACGGUAUACGAAUACUUAAGGUAUACAAAUACUUACGGUAUACGAGAGAAAACAUAUAACAUUGACGAAAUACUUAAGGUAUACGAGAGAAAACAUAUAACAUUGACGAAUAUUUAAGGUAUACGAAUACUUAAGGUCUACGAAUACUUAAGCUAUACGUUAGAAAACAGAUAACAUCGAGGAUAACAUAAAUAAAGUCCUAGAGGAUGUGAGAAAUGUUGCAGCAUAUCCAAAAUAGCCUGCAGUUUUUACAAGAACCUUCAAAAUUGACUGUGUAAUCAUGGCCAUAAAGGCAGCUUGGUGACUUGAUGACCUCAUCAUCCGGAAAUUUGAAAGAUGCACCAUAUCUGUUCAUGUAUGGCGCUCCAAAUGAUAUCAAUCGCCACUCUAGAUCAGCUCCCAGUCCAACUAUCGCAUCCGAGCGAAGGUCAUAAUGAUUAGCUGCGAACUGCUGAAACAGUUUACUGGCUUCCUUGUCAUUGCCAAUACACACGUUAAAAAUGCCGACGGCUAAAGUUGAUAAAUCAUGAUUUGGAACAUUUGGUUGCAAUAUUCUAAUACAUUUCUCAGGACCUACCAUCAGUGCUGCAUAUAGCCCUUCAUAGUAGAUAGCGUUUGUGUUGCCAGCUGAUACGCACUUGAUCAAAAACUCCCGAAACUGACCACCAGUGCAGAUUUGACAUGUUGCAAAGGUGACCAUUGGCUGAACAUUACACUUCCUUAAGACGGAGGGUUCGUGGACAAGUGCAUAACCGCGUUUCCCAGCCCGCAAAAUACCACCAAGAUAGUAGAAUGAAUCCGCUCCCACCAUCUCUAUUAUUUUACACAAAAUUUCUUCUGGAAGAUUGAGGAAGUUUAGAGAUGCCAUACUAUUGAGUUCUGCUGGAGAUGUUUAUCAGACGCAUUGAAUAUGUAUAUAUAGAAUAAAGAAAUAGACAAAGGAGUCUUAUGAGUUAAUAGGAAAGUUAUUGUCCCCUCCCACAUUUUGUACCUAACACACUCAGAGAAAUAGUUAUUGCAAUCCAUUUUUAAAUUUUACACUAACACUUAUUAAAUGAAACAGUAAAAACACCAACUACUUCUGAAAUUGUUUUAUACUCCAAUAACCUUAAACCCUAAACCCUAAACAUGCAACCCUAAACCCUAAACUCUAAACCCUAAACCCUAAACCCUAAACAUAUAAGAAAUACGAUAUAAAACCUUCAAAGAUAAACUGAUCUGUUUGAAUUAUAGUGUCUGGAUGAAUGAAAAGAUACAAUAACCGUUAACAAUUUGGUUUAACAAACGAAAUGAAGCAGGCAGUAUACACGUCUUCAACCAUCGUUUUGAACUUUUGCGUUUCCAAUAAAUUCUUCAUAGGUAUCCAUCGCGUAUUUCUGACGGAAUAUGUCCACCUUUUUGUCAUCGAUCUGCCCCAUAUCCUCAUAGGAGUAUCCCGCUGCAUGCAUUUCCAGAAAUUUGACCGCGCAUGGUCCACAGUCGCCAGACCUUUCGUUGAAGUAAAUAUUUUCUGGACGCACCCAUGAAAAUGCUUGGUGUUCUUCAGGAUGACUACUAUCAGAAGGAGGCGAAAACGCAGCUAAGACAUGAGGCAAUGCGCGUAGAAGAUAAGCCAUGUGCUUGUUCACCUCAUUAUCGGACUCAUUAAGGGGAAUGUUGCAGUCCAAAAUCUCCACUUGUCUGCAUGUCAAGUUGAUCACAAGACCAACCCAAUGAUCUUUUCCCCACAUCAUUGGGGCGUACACCCUGUCCACAUCAACCAACAACACCUUCUUGUCAUUCCGACGCCGCGUUUUUCCGGUGAAACUGUAACUGACAAGCCCUCCCCAGUUGAAUACCAGUUUAUCUGAGGCCUUCUCGAACUCUGCGAACUUUGAUAUAAUGCCCGCAAUACUGAAGUAGUCUACAAAUCUGCACCUCUGACUCAGAUAAUUGUGUCCAUGCCGCCUUACUAGCAUACCAAUUAACACAGAAAUGUGCUGAAAAAUAUGUACAAACCAUUAGAACAUUAAAUCGGUGGAAAUCCGUGUUGUAACUUGAAUAAAACAGAUUAAGUUCUGAUGAUUUGAAUACCUCGGUACUGACCCAAUUUGUUGGCCUCGCCAACGACAGGAAGAACUUAUUUGAGACAUGAUCCCAAUAACAAUUUCAAAUUUCCUGAAAUUUGAAAACAAACCAAAAGUCAAUAUUAAACAUUUGACAGUCCAAGAAUUUUAUACAGUAUAUCUAAACAACUUACAGUGCCGGAUUCUCGCGGAGAAUUGACUGAAACUUUUGAAACUGCGCUUUCUCCAAGUCUGCUAAGGGCGUAUAUUUGGGUUUCUUGCAGCUUUGGAAAAGCUUCUUCAGUCUCUUGUCUGGGGUGUACACUCCUCCAAUCUUUGUUGAACGUCUCGGAAUACGCUUCGUCUGGAGGUCAUCGUUUUUGGUUGAGCUUAUUGUAAUACAUUUCCCUUCUAGCUCUGCUUUUUUUAAUGACCUAGUGAGAUAUCGACUCAGCUUCGAAUUCCCAACGUCUGGUGUGCGAGAUUCAGUCAUCGGAUCAUCCUCUGGCGGUGUCUUGUAAUCUUCAGAAUUUGUCGGUGACGCUUUACCACCUUGUUCCUCCGGCGGAAGGACGUAAGAUUCAGGAUGAGACCAAACGGUAAGCAUCAUACAAGUGUUCUCCAGUGGAUCUUUAUACACAUUGUCACUCCGUGUCCCCUUUUCAACCUCUUCUGCUAACAAAUUUAGCCCUGAUAUUGGAGACCCAUCUCCCCCCUCGCCCUGACAACGUUCAGAUAUAGCUCAUUCAAAUACUUCGAUUCAGAUGUAGUUUAUAUGUUCACCUAACAACUUGGAUGUAUACCUGACAAACUAAACUGAACUCCUGAUAAAAAAAUCCGAACACCUAAUCAACAUAAUCUGUACACCUGGUAAAAUUAGCUGAACACUUGACUAACUAAGAUGAAUACCUCUGAAACUCACCUGAAAACUAUAAAACAGAUCUGUAUACCUGACUACUUAAGCAAAAGACCUCUUAAAUUAACCUGAAUACCAGACCAAACAAAUCAGUAUUCCUGUACACCUCAUAAAUUAACCUGAAUACCUUAACUAAAUAACCUGAAUACCUGACCAAACAAAUCAGUAUUCCUGUACACCUCACUAACUAAAAUGAACAACUGAUAAUCUACGCUGAAUACCUGGCCAAACCAAGCUGAACAGCAAACAUAAUAUAUCUAGAGCCUAUAAAUUCAUUGUUAUAAUCUAUUUACCUCCAACGGUUCCGGGAGAGUUGGUUUUGCUGGCUUUGAUACAGUUUCUGGUCCAAUAGGCGUUGAAACAUCGACUUCUGGAAUGUUUGCCGACUUCGAGAAAGAGGGGCCUUCGCCCGCCAUUGAAUCUACCUACACGUUGAAUUUUCCUCAAAAAAGUUAGACCGGGAUUCAGGCAUUGUUUAUCAUUAAAAAUUGUAGGAGCAGUUUGAUUACCUUUUCCCAGAAGCGAGCAUUUGGCGUACGACCAUCACAAUGAUUAUCAUGCAUUCUCAUCGUCUCAUCGUCGUAAACCCAUCGCCGUUGUUCUUCUUGUGUUUCUUACUAUCAGACCCCAAAUAUUUCAGCUUCAUCAUUACCAUCACCACUGAACGGACGUCGUUUCUUUGGAACUUCCAUGCCGGUUGGGUAAGCGUGACCGUUGUCUCUGUUUGUUUUACCGGCUGCUGUGUUUUGCGGAACCGUGGACGAGCCUCCCCUAUCAUGAUGCAACCAGUCAAAAAUCUUGUUCCGCAAUUUACCCAACUGGGUUUUCAGUUCAACUCGUAUCCACUCUUUCAGCUCUUGCUCCUUAUCUGAUAAGUUUCCUGGUUCAGCCUGUUUACAUAUCCCACGACGAGGUCGAAUAGGACGCUCCGGCGCCUGACUCGAACUUCCAGGUUCAUCACAGGCUUUCCCGAACCGCCUAGACGGCUUUUGACACUUUUUUUUGACACCAACACCUUCAGCCUUUUCGGCUGCCUUCAGAGGUGGAAGGGAUGAAUCACCUCCUCUAAAGUCUGUUGCUUUGAACUUGUGCCCUUCCCGCAUUCGACGAACUAAGUUAUCUAUUCGGGGAUCGAUUCUUCUUUCUUCCACUUUGGAUCCCCACCUUCAUCUGGGAUUGAAUACGUAACAAUAACCUCAAACAAAGAACACAAACAUUCAUAAGUACACAAAGUUUGAGCGUCUUAACUUUUGUUUUGCAAAUAAGAUAGACAACAGCAUUGUACCUCUUUGGGUUUCCACCAGAAGUAUGUCUUCAAAAUUCAGAAGUUCAUUUGUUGAGUCGCAUCCUUCUGGUUCUUGCAAGAAAGAAGUGGUUUUAUUAGGUUCAGGAAUUUUCUCAAGCAAUGAGGGGAUAGCUUUAAAAGCAAAAAGUUGCAGCGUCAGAGGGAACCCAUAACACGCUGUUGACUGCUGUUUCAAACGAAGGCGCAUGACCGAAAGGGAUUUAUCCAUUUUAGAAGCAUCAGAAGGUUGAGGUGGUGUCAAUCUAGACAGAGUGCUGACGAAUGCCUCUCUCCCCCAUGAAUAUUGAAGAAAUGAUCCGGUGUCUUCCAGCAUCUCGACGUAAGCAGGCGUCACACGAAGAAGUUUGUGACCACAAACCAUGAGCCCAUCUACAAGCGCAAUGAGAGCUAGUGGCAACCGCUUCCACUCAGGAAGACUAGGCUGUUCAAGCGUACGAAAAACAUCUGGUACAGUCACGUCUUCAUCUUCAGAUUCAAACAACUCUUUCCACAUACGUCCAGGUGUGGCAUCGAUAGAUUCUGACCCGUUUCCAACUUUUCCCUUUCAGGCUCGCAUUUCAGCUCCGUGAUGUCUCCGAACUCACGCAGAGAAAAGCGUAGUGGCUUGUCUGCAAACAAGAACCAGAGCUCAUAUAGGCGCAUCGUAACCAGCUGACGGCUGAGGAGAGAAUGUACAAGUUUCGCAGAGUUAGAGCAGCGCGCUACAGGUAAGUGGAACAGAGCUCCAAACUGACUUCCUAGCAGACAAUUCAUUUCAGGGGAGCCUCUUAGCAACUUCACUAACGAUCCAAUGAUACUCGCCUUUGAAUAGAUGUUCAGUCGAGGUUUGGCAGGAUAGCAAUUACGUCCGAACAGUCUUUCCGGGAAAGUCGGCGUGGUGACAAUAAGUUCCGGCUCGGUGGAUGCAGCUCCGUCUUGUUCAGUGGAUGCAGCUUCUUCUUGGUCGGUUGAUGCAGGUUCGUCUACUUCUGACUCCGUGGUCAUUACUGAAAUACAAUGACCAAAUCCAGACAUUUACCCAACGCUUUAUUUUUAAAAAAAUUUCCCAAAGAAUUUCACAGCGAAGCUUAGCGAAAGGAGAUACCUUCAUAACGAGUUCUAGUUUUGCCUGCACGGGGAAUUUUCUUCGGAAUUGCUUCUCUAUCACUGGCGGAUUGACUACGAGUCACCCUCCUCGAGGGCGUUACGCUGGACGGGGAUACCAUGCCGAUCUGGGUUCAGUUGAGGGUGGUUCUUAUGUGAGAAUCUUCUUAUGUUUGGUUCUCAAUUGCAGCUGUUUAGAGGUGGUUCUGGUAUAUUUUGAUGAGAUGUUUUUGUUUUUCUAAUUUUAAUUUUUUUUUGCUUUUAUUAGGUGUUCUUUUGAUUUUUUAAAUUAAAAAAAAUUAGAGGUGGCACGGUCGUAAUAUCAAGAACCAUGCGCGCCCUCUGUCGACAUUUCACAAUUCUGGAAAAGGCGAUUUGCCCAAUUUGCUAAUUUAAACUUGAGGUGUCCCAACUCCCUAAUAGCAAACUUGCGAUUUGCCCAAUUUGCCAAUUUUUCCAAAAAUAUAUAAAAACAGUGUACAAAGGGGCGGGAAGGGAUUAGAACCAUGGUUAGGUGGGGGAACAGAGAGAACUUUAGCCAAGUAAGCACCCAUCCUGGCCAACGUAGAUCCACCCAUUUAUUGAGUUUUGAUGAGAGCUUAGAGAGUCAUUCAAAUUUUACAAUGCAUGAUUUAGGAAACUGUUACGAAAAAUUAGUGAACUAAACUCGACUAAAGAAAACGACGAUGUGAUUAAGGAAGCAAUACAGUAGCUGAUUCUAUUGCACAAAGUGUGAUUCAACACCGACGUUAUCAAUCUUACGUUGCAAAAAAAACGGCCCUCGUUGGUUGGACUCUCAACUUUGCGUCGAUGCAGCAUGAAGCUCAUCAUCUGGUAUUUCUAAUGGUUCUUAAAGCUGCUGUCGUUAACUAUAUUCAAAGAACCCUUUUAUUAGCUUACCCAACUGUUUGGGGAUUAUUAUCUAGCGCCUACUGGCUGCCUUUGUCGCUUCCUUUAUAGUAUUGUGGUACUUUUGUUUUAUCACAGCCUUUUGGCUUGUGGAUGUGUUUUUUGGAAAUUCAAUGACAAAAAAAAAACUCCACUAAAGAAAAUAUACAUAAUUACAAUUUUAUUAAUGAAAUGAAUAAUAGCUUACAAACAUUUGCAUUUAUAAGAUUAUACUAGAUUUUGACCCGCGCUUUAAAAGCAUGGGAUUAUUCUUGUUUCAAUUCUUUUUUUCUUUUUUUUGGUUUUAGUUCAAUUUUUGGUUUUGAACCGUUCGAUUAUUUAUAUAAUUGAAUUUGGUUUCAGUUUGACUAUUUUGGUUAGGGUUGGGAAAAAUACUUGAAUCUGAAGAACCAAACCGAAAUUGGUUAAACAUCCAAAUAGGUUCAAAAUAUCUGUAAUUAGAGAAUCAAAACCUAUCCAAACCAAAAUAUUUCAAGUACUCAAAAGUAUCCAAAAUUUUUUUAUAUACUUCAGUAUAUUAAUUAACUUUAGAUUUAAUAUAUAAAAUGUAUCCAAAAUAUAUAUGAUAUUUGAAAAUUUCCAAAAGUAAAUAUCUAAAAUAGCUAAACAAUACUCAAAACACCAAAAUACUUGAAAUAUCUAUUGAUCAUUUAUCUAAAUAUUCAUGCCAAACCAAUUUAUAUGUUAAGUUUAGAUAUUUUGGCAUACAUUAUUGAAAUUUAUGUAAUAUGUUAUUUUUAUUUUUAGAUUUUUAGAAAUUUAAAGUAUAUAUGAAUUUUUAAUUUUUAAAAAUAAUUUAAACGGUUUAUCUAAACCCGAAUCAAAUCCGCAAAGAUCUAAAAUGAAUCUGAACUGAGAUUUAUAAAUUAACCGAAAUCUAUAAUCCUGAAAACCCGAAACCGGAAUAGACAUCGGAUCAAACUUGAAUGUGUACCUGAACGUCCAUCCCUAAUUCUUGUUUUUUUGCUUGGUGAGAAUAAUAAUGCGAAGAAUAUUCGGUAGAAUAAUAAAAAGAUUUAGUUAGUUAAUGUAUAUAGCAUCUUAAGAUUCUUAACAAAUCGGAUAUGUCAACAAUGUGUAUUUAAGAUUAAACUUUUCUUUUUAUUUAUUUAUUUUAUUCAAGAAAACUCUAGGUGCAUAACAUUAACAUUGUAAUUAUAAAGGAAAAUUAUAAACAUGGAAGAGAUCAUUGUUAUACAAUUGAUGUAUUAUAAAAUUUUGUUUAGAUAAUUUUAUAUAAUUAAUAAAUAUAUUCUGAAAUUUGAUAGAAUUCAAAAUUAUCAGUGUCAAUAAUAAUAAUACACUUGAUAGACAUAUAUGAAAUAUCCGAAUUAAUACUAAAUUGGUUUUAAUUUUGCUUGGAGGUUGUCUUCAACGUUAAAAUUUUGGUUUGAAAUUCAAAACAUAAACAUGGAAGAGAGAUACUUGAUCUUCAUUGUUAUACAAUUGAUGUAUUAUAAAUUUUGUUUUGAUGAUUUUAUAUACUAACGUCACAUAAACAUGGAAUACAUAUAUAUUUAAUUUUCAUUUAGUUAUUUAUGUAAAAUUAUGUGUCUUCCACGGUUUUUUGGUCAACGUUAAUUAGAUUGGUUUGGUGAUAACACACUUUAAUGAAAACCCCUUCUUAAAUACAUUUAUUGAAAUUAAAAUUAAAUGAUAAUGACAUGUCAUUGUAAAUAAGUUGUAAAACGAAAGGCAAAAUCCUAGUAGGGAUUCUGCUUUAAUUGUAUAGAUUGCAUUUUUACCGAAUUUUAUUGAAACAAACCAUAACUAUUGGUCCCUCCAUAUUUAAACUCUCAAGUAUUUUUAUAUGAAAUAAUUCCUAACUAAAAACUAUUAGAAAAAUUGAUCAACUGUCUUUAAUGUUGAAAUUUAGUGAGCCCAUGUGCAACUAUUCGGCGAAUGAUUUGUACGAUAUUGUCCAUUUUGGAUUCGAAGACAAGACUCAAAUGGAUUUACUUUUGUUUUUUUUUCCAAAAAAACCCGUACUAAUCAUAGUUCAACAUCCGAUUAUAUACUAGAUAUUCUUUGACUAAAUUUUCAAUGUAGGACUUUGUUUGCAUUCACAACAAACCUCCUCUCAAACCAAGUACCACCCAACUUUUUGGUUUCCAACCUCCAGCGAAACCCAGCACACAUCUUGUACUAUCGUAAUCACCAACAUGACUCUUCACCUAACCCUUGUUACACCUUUAGGAUAUAUUCACCUAACCCUUGCUGCACCAUUAGUCAUUUACACCUAAUCCUUGCAGAACCACUAGGAAUAUCUACCUAAUUUUGUAUCGUCGUUAGGGAGAGACUUUCGGUACAAGUCUCUGGCACCCCUUAAUCGCGAAGUUAACCCUUUGAUCCUCCUCCCACAACUGAAGCUUCCAUGAUCUUUUUGACCGGUCUCUGCCACAUAUAUCUCCCUUCCCAUCAACGUUUGGAGCUGCUUUGAACUUGAAGAGUAUUCUGCAGAUUUUCGUCGACCUGACUCAAAUACCAUUUGUUUAAAACUAUCGAUCAUUAGAUUGCUUAAUUCAUAGACACAAAUAAUUUGAUCACCAAGUUUCUGGUCUCCCACAACUUCCAUUGUCAAUCAAAGGGUUUACACAAACGCUCUAAGCGAUCAAUAAGAAGACACAACAAAGAAUAAGAAAGAUCCAAGAAACUCUAUCAUGACUCGAACAAUGUCUCUUGUCUCGACUUGAAACUUUUAACUUUGUGUUUGUGUUUCUCAGCUUGCUUCACCUCGAACUGAAACCUAUUGGUCUCCUCUUCUUGUUUGAGGGAGAUGCAUUAUCGACAGUUUUGCAUCCCUCCUGCAACUGAAACUCCGGUGAAAUCCCAAAACGGUUUCCAGUGGCUAUACCUCUUCUGAACGUAUGCGACAAACCCGGCCACCUUCACUUCUGUGUUCUCGGUGAAACUUUCUCUCAGUCUUCUCUGAGAACCCAUGAGCCCUCAACUCCAUUAUGUUCAGUUAAACUUCUCUAUAGCCACUGAUAUAGGUUUUUCUCCUUUGACUCUUGACUUGAUAGUGAUGAUCCAUAACACAACCACUCUCUUUGUGUUUUCCGGUGUCAUCCUCCGACACCACUGUUCUGAAAUUCUAAGGUAAUCAUCAGAAAUUCGACGUCUAUGUUUCUGACUUUCUAGAAUUUCCUUUUGUGGAACCAUAAAACACUAACAUGGUUCUUCUCCGUAAUAGCUUCUCCGACGUCCUACUUGGUCUUCUCCGCUAUUCUGAUGAUUCCAUGGUAACCUUACUAACCUUAGUACCUCCUCUACGCUUUGUCUCUUCCAUUUCUUUGAGACCUUUGCAGUUUCUCCGAUGAUCAGUCGAAGUUCCUCUGCUUUUUCCUGAGAUUUUAUUCUUUGGAUCCUGAAACUUAUGUUUCAUCCUUGCAGCAUUUUUUCAGAUUUAUUCUUUAAACAACAAGCAUUUUACUAAAAACCACAUGUAGUUUGGCUGCUAGCAAACGUAUAUCAAAAUAACAUAAUUUUACCAUCAAAACAUAGUGCACCGUUUUUUUUUUGGGUAAAAACGUAAAGAUAUUAUUACCAAGUUUUUUCGUUUUUGACAGAAACACGGAAGGUAACCCGAAGCAGAAAAAAGAAAAGAAAAACUAAACACAGACUCGGUCUAGAAACGAAAGCAAUAAAGAUACAACAACUACAACCACAGACCCGAGGCUCGACUAAAACCGAAUCAACAGCUUGCCGCAAAAAGACGAGCCAAGUUCAACCGAAAGUCAGAACCCGGUAAUUUUGGCCUCCACGAUGAAUCCACUCUUAAAGAUAAUGGUCUUCCUGAGAAUAGCUCACUGAGUUAGAAUAGAUACGUAGACCUCUGUAAAUACUGCAUAUUUGAUUUCAUCCAUAAAUCCAUAUCCCAAUUCCAUUAGUUUAAUCUCUUUGGUAUCAUUGACAUAAGAGAUGUCGCCUUUUUCAUUUUAGGUGAAUGAGGGUUACAGCGAAACAAGGGAAUGAAAAGUCGCUUUGCGUUGGAUUCGAGCAAACUAGUAUUUUCUGAAUAAUAUGAAGCCAGUAAACAAACAGUAAAUCCAUGGGUAUUGGAACCCAAGUAUCCAGGAUAAAGCCGAUUUUUUGAAGAUUUUGAACCAAAGUUCUAGAGUUUUGUUCAUCCUUCACUGUAAUUCUUUCUAAAGUGUAAGCCAAGUCUUGUUGGACAAAACAUAUCAGUAACCGAGCAUUUUUGAUCCAUUUUAAUCUUGGCUACGGUGAGGGAUUUUCUUGAAUUUCUCGCACACGGUCUAGGAUUUCAAAUAAAUAUAAUUUAGUUCUAAUAUGCUCAGUCUUUGUGAAUUUAAUUAGUCUGUCUUGAGUCAUUUUUGGAAUUUGCAUAAUUAGUUAUUUAGGUUUGUUGCUUAAACUGGAAAUACGGUAUUAGAUGAUUCAACAUUGAUUGUUUCACUUAAUGCGAAACUCUUAGGUAAAAUUUGUUUGAGACGAAUACAAAGACGUGCUUCUGUAUGCCGGAUUGUAUGGAGGUUACAGCUAGCUUUAUUCGACCGGUUGAACCGUAGCCUGGAGAAGUCGAUAAAUCGUCAACGGACGGUGAUACCACGCACUUUCUCUGUGGUGUUUUUGGCAUGUUUGUGGGCAGCAAGUGUGCACCUCGUUAGGACCAUUGUAUGUUCUUUGAGUACUUUAGGUAUCAUUGUUUGUCACGUGUUAGGAUUAAAUUAUAUUUAUUCGGAGUGAUAUCAAUUUUAUGGACUUUGGGUUUAGCAUAGUAUACCUCACUGAGUGACUGACCUGUGAAACAAACAUAUAUACGAGUAUUGGACGGAUUGGUGCUAUUGGGCGAUUUCAUUCUGAUUUUUAUUUGGUAUGGGUGAGUGGAGAUGUAGGUAUGUGACGUGUGUCCUGAGAUGUUGUUGGUAACACGUCCUUUUCGAGAAAGAAGGAGACGGGUGUCACAUUUUGAUCCGCAUGCUUCCCCUCCAGACUUAAAAUUUAGAAGCGCCGUCGCGGCAUUACAUGAAGCAGCUGAGGCUUAUCUGGUUGGCCUGUUCGAAGACACGAACCUCUGUGCCAUUCAUGCCAGGACGGUUACGUUCAUGCCUAAGGAUAUUCAGCUUGCCAGGAGAAUCAGGAGUGAAAGGGGUUAAGGGAAAGAAGAACGAUAGCAGCAUUCCUUUUUUUAUCAGAUCUGUAAAUGCCUUUCAAAUUUCGCGUCCUAGGCUUGGUUUUGAGUUUGUACUCUAUUGCUAUGAUUUGGCUAUUAGGCGAAAUGUCUGAAUGAAUAUCAGUCUACUUUCAUUAUAAGAUUCGGUUAUGCGUUU